AUGUUUCUUUUUCAUACAUUAACAGCAUUGCAAUGCCCAGUAAACAGCCACUAUGAGCCUUGUGGAACAGCAUGCCCUGCCUCCUGUGCAGAUCAAGAUGCACCAAGCAAAUGUGAAAAGCCUUGUUUGGAGGGCUGCCAGUGCAAUAAAGGUUUUGUCCUCAGUGGAGACCAGUGUGUGGCAUUGGCGCAAUGUGGCUGUACCUAUAAAAACCGUUAUUAUAUUCCUGGUGUGACAUUCUGGGGUGACCAGACCUGCAAUCAGAAAUGCUCCUGCAUAUCAGGACAGGUCAAGUGUGUAUCCACAAAGUGCAAGAAAUCCGAAGAGUGUAAAGUCCAGAAUGGUGUGAAGGGUUGCUAUCCACUAUCCUAUGGGCAUUGUGUGGGCAGUGGAGAUCCACACUAUUUAACCUUUGACAGGAGGCCCUUUGAUUUCCAAGGUACUUGCACAUAUUACCUUUCUAAACUGGUCGACACAUCUGACAAGGCACUGGUGCCCUUCGAAGUUCUUGUCAAGAAUGAAAACAGAGGACUGAAUAAGGCUGUUUCCUUCACCAAAACUGUGGAGAUCAAAAUUUUUGGCUACACUAUUAUCAUGACUAAAGACUAUUUUGGUAAAGUGUUGGUCAACAACCUCUUUGUAAAUUUGCCAUUUGAGACAGAGGAUGGUCAGCUAUCCAUAUUCCACAGUGGUUACUUUGGAGUUGUUCAAACAAAUUUUGGCAUGAAGGUCAAAUUUAACUGGGGUAGUUAUGUUGGCAUCACUCUCCCCAGCACAUACAGUAACCUGGUAGGAGGUCUCUGUGGUAAUUGGAAUGGAAACACAAAUGACGACCUGGCCUUCCCAAACAAAGUCAUUACAACAAACCCAACAGCAUUUGGAAACAGCUGGAAAGCCAGAAAUGAUCCUGAUUGCUCGGAAGAGUGCAAAGGCCAAAAGUGUCCCAAAUGUGAUGCUGCUGAAAGGAAUAAGGAUGUUUUCACAAAACCUUGUAGCCUGAUUACAGACACAAAUGGCCCAUUUAAAGCAUGCCAUAGCCAAAUCAAUCCCACCAAGUUCUAUGAAGACUGCGUGUAUGAUCUGUGUAUGUACGGUGGUCAUUCUACAGCCCUCUGCGGUGCACUUACAGCCUACACGGCUGCAUGCCAGGAAGCACUCAUCAUCGUGGGGAAAUGGAGAACUGAUCAUUUCUGUCCUGCAUCCUGCAAAGCGAAUAGCCACUAUGAUGUGUGUGGUGCUGGAUGUCCCCAGACCUGCAACGGCUUCACAGAGCCCACGGCUUGCCAGCGUGCACCCUGCACUGAAGGCUGUGUGUGUGAUGAUGGAUUUGUCCUGAGCAACAGCGAGUGUGUGCCAAUGGAGCGAUGUGGAUGUGCGUAUGAAGGCCAGUACUAUAACCUGGGCCAAGCCUUUUACCCCAAAGGCAAGUGCAGUGAGAGGUGUGUCUGUGAGGAGCAAGGAAAAGUCACAUGCAAAAACGAUUUCUCCUGCGGCCCUAAUGAGCAAUGUGAAAUCCGUGACGGGGUUCAAGGCUGCUAUCCUGAUGGAAAAGGAUCUUGCUCAAUCUCUGGAUCUGGGAUCUACAACUCAUAUGAUGGAAACCAGAUCAGUGUGCAAGGGAACUGUUUGUACAGAUUGGUGGAAACAGUCCAGACUGCAGAUGUGAAGAUAAUACCUUUCAGUGUCACAGUGCAGGAAGUAUCAUCUGACAUAGUGGUCACAAGAAGAAUCAACAUAAAUUUAUAUGAUUAUAUGAUUGCCCUGAUUCCUGGACAUCCAUGGGAAAUAAGGGUGGAUGAUGUUAAAGCUUUUCUCCCAGUAACACUCGAAGAAGGACUGGUGAAGGUCUAUCAGGGUGGUGCAUUCAUUAUCUUGGAAACCUCUUUUGGACUGAAGGUGACCUAUGACACCGUGUCAAUGGCCACAGUUGAACUCCCUUCCACUUACAAAAAUGCUGUUCAAGGUCUGUGUGGUAAUUAUAACGACAAGAAGGCAGAUGAUUUACUAACACCAGAUAGUAAGCAGGCUUCCUCCGCUGAGAAAUUUGUGGAAGCAUGGCAGAUAAUUCAGGAAGGAGUGAACUGUCACACAGGGUGUCCACCAGGCUCGACAUGCCCAGAGGGUGGAAAAGGAGGCCAAACAGAUAAAAACAGUGACUGCAAGAUCCUAACUUCGAAGAAAGGCCCAUUCUCUAAUUGUCAUUCCAAAAUUCCACCUUUACCAUUCUAUGAUGCGUGUGUAAAGGAUGUCAUAUCACAACCAAAGGACAAGACACUUGUUUGCAGACAUCUCCAAAACUAUGUGGUUCGCUGUCAGCAAGCUGGUAUCUCCAUCAGCAGCUGGAGGAAUGCAAACUUCUGCCCAAUGACCUGUCCUGAAAAAAGUCACUACGAGCUAUGUGCGGACACUUGCACAUCAACUUGUGCCAGCCUUACCGUGUCACCUAGUUGUUCAGAGUGUCUUGAAGGCUGCCAGUGUGAUGAAGGCUUCGUCUUUGAUGGAGGAGAUUGUAAGCUUCUAGAAGAUUGUGGUUGUUUGGUGGAAGGAAGAUAUUACAAGUCUGGGGAAUCAGUAGUCCGAAGAAAGUGUAAAGAGACAUGCACCUGUAAGGCUGGUCAAUUCUCAUGUCAGUCCACGGACUGUAAGGAAGAGGAGGUCUGUCGCAACCAGGACGGUGUUCCAGCAUGUGUGUGGGAUCCCUGCAUCAAGACAACAUGUCGUCAGAAAGAAAACUGUGUGAAGAAGAACAAGAAGGCAGUGGUACCUGUUCUUACGUGA